AUGUCGGGCCCUCCACCGGAUGUAAUUGACUGGACCGAGGCGAUGCAGCAGACGGGAGAUGACGAAGAGUUUCUUCGUGAGCUAUUGGCCGAUUUGCGCCAAGAGACGGAUACCCAAGUGUCGAACAUCGAGCAAAUUAUUCAGAAUCCUACGGAUGCCCCCUUUCAAAGGAUACAACGAGCCGCCCAUGUGAUCAAGGGAGCCUCUGCGAACCUCAUGUGUGCGCAGCUUCGAUACGCUUCGAUGGCGCUGGAACAAACUGCCCAAGCCGCUCACAAUGAAAAUAACGGGUCACCAUCCGCGGAAACAACUCAGAAGGUCCAGCAGUGCUACCUGGAUUUAAAGAGAGCCCAAGAAAACUAUCAUGGCUUUCUGAACGGCCUGGGAGUUUAG